GUCUGGCAUAGUGUCCUGUUAAAAAUGGAAACAUAUAUUCUUGUUUCCCUUCACAAUGAUCCACCUGUGGAAAUGUCACUGAAAACCUAUUCACACAGCCUCCACAGGAGAAGUAAAUUUCCUGCUAUGCUAAAGUAUUUGCAUGUGGAGCUACUUGGAUGCACACACAAUGUUGGUUGAAUAUGGUGAUCAUAACAAUCAUGGUAUGUUCACAUCUGCAAAUCAGAUGUAAAAGUCUGGGGAUGCUUUGCCUACUGAACAUAACAGCCUCACUCUCAGUGUAAACAGGUAAAAUGUGUAUUUUCAUGUUGGCAGCUAUGAGGGAAGUGACAGAAAUACAAAUCCAGCUGUGACUCAGAGAGGGGAUCAUAUCAACAUCAGUGUGACUACAGAAAACUCCAGAGUGAGGGUAGAAGUCUUUUCUUUCUCUUAUUAGAGGACACAUUUGUGCAAAGAGUCUAAAGUAAAGAUGCUGUGGAGUCUGUUGUUCAUCACUUUGAUUGGAAGAUCAACUCAACAGGAUCAAGUUACAUCAUCAGGAUGUAGUCCAGGCUGGGAAACUAUCAAACUGGAUGACAAAGUGGCAUUUCAGUCUUCAGUCUACACAGACAAUGGUGUCAACUACACCGCUGACAGAGCUUUGGACGGAAAUAAUACGAGAUGUUCUAACACUUUACCCACUGAGCCCAUCAGCUGGUGGACAGUUGACUUAUUGGGUCUAUAUGAAAUUUCCUGCAUCACCAUUUAUAACAAAUAUGAAUCAAAUUUUGAUCUAAGAGGGGCUCGGAUCCUCAUCGGGAACUCAUCUGAGAGAAAUUUCACCACUGAGUGUGCAACAAUCAACACAAAGACUAGUGGAGAAAAUAAUACAUUUAACUGUGAAAAUGGAACAAAGUGGGGGCGUUACGUAACUGUGUACAAAGACACACCAGGGUUUGUAAUUCUGUGUGAGGUGACGAUGAAAGGCAGAAAAAAAGAGCCAUUUAAACUGAUUAAAGAGAACAAGACAUGGGCAGACGCCCUGUACCACUGCAGAGAGGAACACAUGGAUCUGGUUUCCAUCCUUGAUGAAGAGACCCAGGGCUGGGUUGGGUUGGAGGCUCAGAAGGCUGACACUCCCUUUGUCUGGCUGGGCCUUCAAUACAUCUGUGGGUUCGGAUUCUGGAUCUGGGUCAACGAUCAGUGUGUAUUUUUUGAUCAGUGGGCUCCAGAUGAGACAAGAACAGCAGUCUGUAGCAUGAGUGCUGCCAUGAAUACAAGUGGGAACAAUUCAUGGUACAAGAAGUCUGUUUAUAAUAAAUAUAAUUUCAUCUGUGCAGUGUAAGAAGAUCCAUGGAUUGGUUUUGUUUAUUCAGUUAGACAGGUGUCAGUAGUGCCUUGUUGGGUUGUUGGAAACUUUCCUCUAAUAAAUCAAAGGUGAUGGGUUCAGGCUCAGUGUAGCAGGAAGAUAAACAGUGGUGAAAUAAAAAAAACACAUCAUUCUGUGGUAUAAUAACACAAUUUUAUGUUUUGUUUGUAAUCUAAUUAAAUGCAGUUUAUAAAUAGAAGUUAAUAGCAAUUUGUUCGCUUGGCAGUUGAAGUGAUUUGCUUAUGUAUGUCUCAUGAA